AUGCAACUUGAGAAAGAGGGAGUGUUUAUGGAAGAUCAAGCCAGGGCUCCCGAAAUAUUGUUACGUCAAGGACACGGGAGAGCCGUUGAUUGGUGGAGUCUUGGCACGCUUAUGUAUGAUAUGCUUUCGGGAUCUAUAUUACGAGGUGAUUUCAUACCUGUACCUUAUUUAAGUCGAGAAGCUGUAUCACUUAUUUCCAAGCUUUUAGUUGUUGAUGUCAGUAGACGCCUUGGUUCUGGUCCAUCCGAUUCCGAGGCGAUCAAGAUGCACCCGUUCUUUCGUAAUACUGAUUGGGAUCGUGUUCUGAAAAAGCAGGUUGAACCACCCUUCCGACCCACUUUGACAUCUGAUACGGAUGUUUCUCUUUUCGAUCCCAAAUUCACUCAAGAAAAUCCCGUCGAAAGUCCGGAUGAGGGCUUGCCAAUAUCUGCAAUGGUCUCUGAUGUUUUUGAGGGAUUUACUUAUGUCGACCCCCAAAUCCAUAUUGACAUGGCUCGUGAUCCAUGGGUAUCUACUUGGCAAACCAGUUCACGCUCGCGUCGAAGGUCUGGGAUUUCAUCCAGCAGUUCUCCAGGCUUCGUUGGACAUACAAUCAUGGCAAAUCCAAAUACACUUAUGCAAGGAACUGAUAUUCUACAUGUUGGAACCCCUCACCCCGAGCAGUUGCAGUCUACGUUGGUUGCACAUCUUCCAAAUACUGUUCAAACUUCUAUCCCGACUCAAUCACAGCCGUUUGUUUUUGCUGAAGAUUUCGAGGAUAUGGACGUCGCCAGUACUAAUUUAACCUACAGCAACAACCCACUUGAUAGCCAUUCAACUGUCAUAAACACUGUCAAUAUAUCCACCAGUAAUUCUGUAAGACCUACGUAUGCUUUACCUCUUGGUUCCCAUCGCUUAGAAAAUAGUCGAGUGAUGGAAACUGGUAUUUGUGAUCCAUAUUCAUCGCGCUCGGGCGAACAUGUUAAUGGAGUAAUUCCUAAACCAAUUGACACACGUCUAGUAAGCCCAUCAAGUUCUGCUGCCGCACAGGUAUCAGCACUUGCUGCAGCAGCGCUUGCUACUUCAUCCCGUUUGGUUGGUUCUUCUGUACACAUACCUUCAAUUGCGUCUCAUAACUCUCCCAAUCGACCUUUCAUGAAUGAGCAUAUGAUGUUUGAUCCUCAAAAUAUCAGACUUAUGAAUUUGGGAAAAUCACAACCACAAACUCCAUUGGCUGCAGUAGAAAGUUUGCAUGUUCAGAGGAAAUAG